UAUGUCAAAUUAGUGUCAUUGUCACGUUUCGUUUUAUUGAUUUGAAUUUUGUUAACAUAACCUGAGUCUAAUGAUCCAAAAAAUAUAAAUGAAUUGGUUUCUUUAAAACAUAACAGAAAUAAUAAAUGAAUAUUGUACGCUGGUAUUUGAAACCCAGUUUUGUUAAGCAGUUAACAAAACCAGUCGGGCUUCUUUCAAACAUUGUCACCAUGUCUUCAUCAGCAGUCAGCAGUGCAGCGAAGAGGAUUGUAUGGGUGGACCUGGAGAUGACAGGUCUGAACGUGGAAAAGGACCAUAUAUUGGAGAUUGCCUGUGUGGUAACCGAUGAUGACCUGAAUAUUGUGGCCAAGGGUCCCAAUAUAGUCAUCAACCAGCCAGACAGCAUCCUCAAUGAAAUGAAUGAUUGGUGUAUUGCUCAGCAUGGUGAGAGUGGUCUGACGGAGGCUAGUCGGCAAUCAAAAAUAUCUCUAAAGGAUGCUGAGCAACAAGUCCUGGACUUUGUUAAAUCCCAUGCUCCAGAGAAGAAGUGCCCUUUGGGUGGCAAUUCAGUCUACAUGGACCGUUUAUUUUUAAGAAAAUACAUGCCAGUACUAGACAACUAUCUUCACUAUAGAAUAAUAGAUGUAAGCUCCAUAAAGGAGUUAGCAAAGAGGUGGUACCAAAAAGAGUAUUCACUCAUGCCAAUGAAAAAAUUCAAGCAUCGAUCUAUAGAUGAUAUACUUGAGAGUAUAGAGGAAUUGAAGUAUUUCAAAAGGCAUAUAUUUAAGGCAACGGAUAAAUUGCAAACUGCAGUUUAAUGUCAAAUUAUGUACAUUAUUGUAUAGGCUUGUUCUACAACUAUUAGUACAAUUAGGUCAUUUUACAACAGAGCAUUCACAGUAUGCUGGCGAGCAGUGAACAUACUACUGAAGCAGUAUUGCCAUACCAGUUUUUAAACUGACAUGGUCAUUAACAAUAUCUUUAGAACUUGAAAUGGGACAUUUACCAUGUUUAUUAUUUUCUAUGAGUUUCCAAUUCUUUGGCACUGUUACAAGCGCCAUAAUCAGAGUUCAUCCGUGAAAUAAUACAUAUAAAAAACAUGGUAAAUAUCCUGUUUCAAGUUCUAAUGAUAUUGUCAUACCAAAUAAAUUUUUUCUCUGUUGUCAGACAUAGUUACCUUAUCUUUAACCUGUUUCUGUCUAUUUGUUAUGUAGUGAAAUAAUUCCUGAAUAAACAAUUUUUGCUAUUAAAGCAAUACUUCCAGUAACAGACGACAUAUCCAGUUUUCUUCUGCAAACAGGAAAGCUGAAGGGUUAAGUUGUUAUUUCUUAGUAAAAUUAUUACUUAGGUAUUUUAGUUUGUAAUAUUGCUUACCUAUAGAAAAUUUCGAAUACUUAUCAUUAUACACAAAUAACCUUAUAGAAUUCUUACGGGUGUUAAUUAUGAAAUCAUUUAGUGAAUUUAUUUUUAUGAUACCUAUUACCUCCAUAGUAAAUACCUAUAGGUAUUGAUAUUAUUAUUUGAAUCUGGACUGACUGUAGAACAUAAUAAAAUAUCAAAACAAUAACAUCGAUGGUACAUGAAAUAAAAGUAUAAUGAAUUAAAA